AUGUUUAUCAGAGCACAACGAACGGGAGUUUGGCGUGGAGUUCGGCGAUUUUAUUCGCAAAAGACGUAUUCUGGCGGCAACCGCGCUGUGAGAAGCGGUCUGGCCUUUCUGGGGACCGGAUUGGCCGCCUCAUACGCUACUUACGAGUACUUGAGAAAGUAUCCACCACCGGACGUAUUCCCCAAGGGGGCCACCACCGCGCUGCAGGAUCUGUCCCGGUCACCUGUGUAUGUGAGUGGGGGUGAUCUAGAGGUGGCGGUCGGGGAAAUUGGCCGGCUGCUACGGCCAGACCAAACUUCUUCCUCGGACGGUGAAAGAAGCGUCCAUUCGGACAACUCAUCGAAUUUCCACAAGCCGUCCGAGCACGAGCGGCCCGACCUUGUUGUGUUCCCGGAGUCUGUGGACGAGGUGGUUGCCGUGGUGAAAAUCUGCUCCAAAUACAAGAUCCCCAUGAUUCCGUACUCUGGCGGAACCUCGAUCGAGGGCCAUUUCAUCCCAACUAGGCGUGGGGUGUGCAUCGACGUCAGCCGCAUGAGCAAGGUGGUGGAACUGCACGAGGACGACCUGGACGUGGUGGUGGAGCCCGGGAUCGGGUGGCAGGAGCUGAACGCGUACCUGGACCCGCACGGGCUGAUGUUUGGUCCCGACCCGGGGCCUGGGGCGUGCAUUGGCGGGAUGGUGGCUACCAACUGCUCAGGUACGCGCGCCACACGGUACGGGACCAUGAAGGACAACGUGAUUGGGCUGAAGGUGGUGCUUUCUGACGGGACGGUGAUCAAAACCAAGAACCGGCCGCGCAAGUCGAGUGCCGGCUACAACCUCACGGGGCUGUUUGUGGGCAGCGAGGGCACUUUGGGCAUCAUUGUCGAGGCCACUUUGAAAGUGGCGGUGCAGCCGGAGAAUGAGGUGGUUGCCAUGGUGAACUUCAACACAUUGUCGGAGGCAGCACGCACGGUGACGGAGAUUUUCCGCCGCGGACUGCCCUUGAACGCGGUGGAACUCAUGGACGACCGUCAGAUGCGGUGUUUCUCCGAAAUGGGCACCGGCGACGGCAGAAAGUGGUCGGACAAGAACCUGCUGCUUUUCAAGCUGGGUGGCUCGAAAAACACCAUGAAGGACCAGAUCAACACGGUCAAGCAGAUCUGCAAGCAGAACGGCGGCUUUAACAUGGAGAUCGCCACCAAAGAUGCCGACAAGGACGAUAUCUGGCAGGCGCGCAAGACGCAGCUGUGGACGUCGAUCGACUGGGCAAGACGUCUGAUCCCCAACGCUCAGGCAUGGCCCACAGAUGUGGCUGUGCCGAUCUCGAAGCUGCCCGCGGUGAUCGAGCAGACUGUACACGAUAUCGAGUCGAACGGGCUGCUGACCACCGUGGUGGGCCAUGUUGGAGACGGCAACAUCCACGCGCUCGUGAUCUUUCCGCCUGAGAAGCGGGAAGUUGCCGAGAAGGUGGUGCACAACAUGGUGGCUCGGGCAAUUGCCAACGAGGGAACGGUUUCGGGCGAGCACGGCGUGGGCAUUGGCAAGCGCGAGUUCUUGGAGCAGGAGCUUGGACUCGACGCCGUCAACACCAUGAGACGGCUCAAGCUGGCAUUGGACCCAGAUCUGCUGUUCAACCCGGACAAGAUUUUCAAAGUGGACCCGAACGAGGCUGCCCGACACUAA